AUGCCUACAGACCCAAUCGACCUGGUCCACCCAGAACUCUUGGACCUACUCUUCCACUUCGAACUUCUUCCCCCUGAAAAAUACCAGACAGAAUCUACCCUUGCAACAUCCAUCUUCUUAGCCCUUCAACAAGCUGAUCCCAUCAUGCAGGCCUUUCUAGUCAGCCGGAUCAUCUCCGAAGAGGAGUUGGCAGCAGAACGACUGCGCGACCCUGACGUACAAGACAUCCGCCAUCGAGUUGUACUUGAUCAUGAAGAACGAAAGGCCGCUUUUCGACCCUCCCCUAACGACUUUCGACCUCCAAACAAUGGUGAGGAUUGUCUUAUCUGUGCCGAGGAUGCUCAAGUUCGGGCUCCUUGUGGUUGUAACUACUGCAUGUCUUGCUUUCGCGAAGCCAUCAAGAUCGGCCUUCGUUCCCAAGAGGAGUUUCCCCCCAAGUGCUGUGUACCAUUCGACGAAGCAGCAAUUCGACUUACACGCUCUGCUCCCCUAGUCCAUCUAUUCCGACAGAUGGAUGAGGAACAUAAAGCACCGGUACACGAUCGACUUUACUGCCACGAUGGCAACUGCGCCGCUUUCAUCCCCCCUGACCAGAACGGUCGUUGUCUUCUCUGCCAUACAGAGACAUGCCCUGACUGCGGUGGAGAAGGACAUCCUGGUCGUGCUUGUCAAGCAGGUGAUGCAGAGGAAGAUGUCUGGGCUACCAUGGACCAGAACCGAUCUGUCAACUGCCCCGACUGCGGUAGAAUGAUCGCUCUCGCAGAGGCGUGUAACCAUAUGACCUGUCCCUGCGGCGCGCAGUUCUGCUUCCUGUGCGGAGAACGAUGGCACACUUGCCACUGUCCCUUAUACGGCCACUAUGAUCAAAUGGUACCCAUGCGUGAUCGUCCUGGUAUCAAGCCACCUCAAUUCCGCCGACGCCCACAAGUUCCGACUGCAAACCACGAUCGUCACAGGAUCUCACAGCUGCGUCCCGUUCCUGGUGAAGAGGAUAGAGCCCCUCAGCGAAACGCAGUCGAACGAGUUAUCCGACCCCUGCGUCUGCCUCGACAGACAGAUGCGGAACGUGAACGACGUCUCGAUGAACGUCGUCGCCGUGAGAAUUUGGGAAUGCGAGACAACCGCGAACACUUUCAGUGGUUUCAGAUGGGUAUACAAGGACGACCUGUACCUUUCCAACCUCCCAUGGAAGUAAAUGGGCGCGGGCUCCAGCCUGAUGAAGGGUGGAUGGAUAUGAUGGAUGACAUUGGUCCCCUCGAGGCUCUAGAACUCGGCUUUCUUCCACCAAUCUUCCCGGAACCACAUUUUAAUGGUCGAUGGGUCGGUCCUGGUCAAGAGCCAGCUGCACCUCCCCGCAAUCCUCUUGUAGCUCUACCAGCGCGGCGCGAUGCUGGCGAAGCAGUACGUCUAGUACAACAACGAGCACAACAAGCAGAGCGAGCCCUUCGACAAGCGGCACCAGCUCAACGGGCCCAACGAGGUCAGAGAAUGGCUCAACGAUUCAUGAUGCCGCCAAUGCCACGAAUGCCCGAGAUGCCACAGAUGCCCGAGAUGCCACGAAUGCCUGAGAUGCCACGAAUGCCCGAGAUGCCUCAGAUGCCGGCAAUGCCAAUUCAAAAUGUUCGUCACCAUGGCCAGAACCCUGGGCCCAACCCUAACAACAACGCUCAACGUGGUCAGCCCCGAUUUCAUGGAGUCAGACAUCGUGACCGCAGAGAACAUUAG